AGUUUUCUUUAUGCAACAGAGAGAAGUUGACGCCACAUUAUACGUUAUUCUUAAUGCUUUUUCCAUCAAAUAAUUGACUAUAAUAAUUAUUUAGAAACUAAUUAUUUAUUAAAUUUGAAACGCUUAUUAGCUUGAAAGAAGAAAAUUUAGGAAUAAAAGAAAAGAAAUAUACAGAUAUUCUUAAAGAGAAAGCAUUGAAAAGAAGGAAAAAUAGCAAUUAAAAGAUAUGAAUUUUGAAGCAAGGUGCAUGAAUAUUCCUAGUGGUAUAAAGUUUACAAUUGGAUUACUCUUACCAUCGUCUAUAGCUACUUUGUUAGUUGCAUUAAUUAUGAAAGAUUGGAGUUCAUUAUCAUCACCUGAAACAGGAACAAAAGAAUUUGGUAUCUUCUCUGUUUGUAUGAAAAUUGAAAAUCACCGGUCAUGUGAGAAUUAUUACGAAGUGUCAGGACUACUCAGAUUCUUACAAAUAAUGCUAAUCCUAGCAGUAGUUCUUCUCUUUUCUGCUGAAAUUAUUGGCUUAAGUUUUGCCUGGGCUUGCAAAAGUCGCUACCCUCUUGCCAUUUCAAGCUUGUUUAGUUGCUUGGUGAUUUGCUUAUGUUGGGGAUUGUUCCUCGCCAAGAGUAUGGACAUCAUACCUAAUUUAGCUCAAAGUUUUAAUUCAGAAUACUCGGUUGGAUCAUCGUUCUCACUAUCAAUUGUUUCUUCUGCCCUUGCCUUAUUAUCCUCCAUCGUUACUUUCAUAUCAAGACCUGUUCAGGCAAAUUCCGCAAGUCAUCAUCGUCUAAGCCCCCAUUUACGAGUUCCAGUUAGUAAUAUCAUGGUUACAGAUGUCCCUCAGUCAAAUUUUAGUCAAUGUCGAUUGCCUACCUACGAAGAAUGCGUCUUUCCCUCAGAUCUACCACCAGCUUACGAAGAGAAAGCUUAAAUAUAAUAAACCAAUAGAUGUUGUUAACGUACGGUCAUUUGUUUUUCCUAUGUACGCCUUGUUGAUUAUUUGUUUUAACAUUUUCUUUAAGAAAAAGUAUCUUUUUUAUCCGAAAGUUUUGUAGCUAUUGUCUUAUUUUCUUCCUCUUUAGUUCUCUCUUAAGGAAGAGAGAGGGAAAGAGAAAUAGAAAGAAAAAAAUGAAGGUGCUCUAAAGAAUACCCUUCAAUACGACAUACAUUUAGCAGAGGUAGAGAUUUUUCCUAGGCCUAUUUAUUUUCUUUUUGUAACAAAUGAUGAAGACUUUUAGCCAUGAAUAAAGAAACAAUUAAUGAAACCAAAGAUAACAUUAUCUUCUCCCUUUUCCAUCAUCUUAAACUAUAGUUCUCUCAGUAUAGUCUUUUUAUAUAUAAUACUACGAGGGUGAACAACCUAGAUAUUAUCAUGUGUCACUGACAUUAAGGUCAAGCAUGAACCAUAAUCUUUCAAUGUUAAAUGAGUAUACGACAAGCUACUAUGUUGUACAAAAUCGUAAUAAAUGCAGUAAAUCGCAAUUUUUUUGAAAGAGAUAUAAAUAAUUAAACUAUUCAAUGCAAUAUCAAUUUAAAUAAAACAAAACGAUUUUCAAGGCUG